AAUGCCUGAGAGGACACUAUCCACUAUCUACACCUCCAUUUAUAUUGGUCUUCUCGGAGAUCUGGCAUUAGACGACCCCUCUCUUCAGGACAUCCUCACAGAUAUUACGCUCGGCGACAUUUUUGCUGAUUCAACCUCCAUAUCCGCACCAGAAUCAGCAUCGCCUGGCAACACCCAAGUCUCCAAUGACGAUUUGGAUCGGCCCAAGGUUGUUUAUGGACCUUUCCAAGAACAAGAAUUGCUUGCGUUUGGAACGCCUAUUCGCCGCCAGCUCGAUGCUUCGACUAGGCAGCGCCUUCUUGACAAGAUAAGGACUACACUUCGGUCUAUAGCUCUCUUCUUCGAUGGAGAUGCAUCUCAUGUUGGUGAAACCGACGGGAAGUUUAUCGAGCUACCUGAUAACAUACAAAAGCAUAAAAGCGAGAUAGAAGCGACAAGACAACAGGUCACAAGACUAUCUUCUCACUUAGCAGAGCUCAUCAUCCAGAUUUCGCAGGCCCAUGAAGGGUUCGAUCCCGAGCUAAAGCAAGCGAUCUAUACUACUCUCCCGGCCUACAAUGCCGCACGUUCCGCCUCAAUAGAUCUGCUAGCUGCCACUAUCGAGGCAUCACUCAUCAAACUUUCCCUCCUACAAGCCCGCACUGAGCGAGCCUUCUACAGACAUCACCCAAAAAAUAGCUCCGGUGGAAAGAAAACGAUCGCGGACGCGAUUGAAGCUGCGUUCUCCGCACUCAAAUCGGAAGAGAAAGAACUUAAAGCUGAAUCAGAUUCUCUGGAUCAGCAACUUCGAGAAUACGAAACCUUGCUGCGGCUAGUGGACGGCGGGAACGGCGGAUAUCAGCAAAUUGUCAACGACUGGACAAGGGUCAAGCAGGAUACGGACGAAUGUCUGAAAGACCUUCGACGGCUUGGAUGGACAGGCGACUG